AUGGGAUCUCCAUAUGAUGAUGCUAUCGACAUGUGCAGAGACUUUCAUGAUGCAUAUUGCGAAUUGUACAGAGUUAAAACCACAGAUGGCGAAGAAAUAAAUAGAAUAUUCAAUCACAUUAAAUACACUUUGAUAGAGCGAUACAAAGUCCCACCAGCUGCUAUUAUUAGCAAAAUUUCGAAUUGUAUAUCGAUAUAUAAUAAUCGAUAUUUAAACUCAUAUUGGUCGCUUAUCAAAAAGAUUUAUGAUGAUUCGAAGUGUGAAAUAUAUGAUAUUUCAACAGAAUUUGAUUUCUUUUUCUACAAGGAGUAUGGAUUUGUCUUUAACUCAGAAACUGAAAAUUGGAUUAAACACUUUGAAAGAAAACGUCUUUCUCCUAAUAUGCAUGAUGCUGAUCCAAUGUUUCGUGCAAUAAUGAACGAUGACUUAAAGAUAUUCAUUGAUUUAUCAGAAAAAUCAAGUUUCCAUCCAAAUAUCAGUAUUAGACUUACAUUAUAUCCAUCAAAUGAUGGAAGAGAGUAUUCAUUACUUGAAUUAUGCAGUUACCAUGGUGCAGCUUCUUGUUUUAAGUUCCUAAGAUCAAAAUACAACUCUCUAAUCACACAAACAUGUCUUCGUUUCUCAUUUUUAGGCGGAAAUCCUGAAAUAAUAAGUGAAUGUUUGAAAAAAAUAAGACCAAAAGAAAAAUGCAUGGAAUAUGCCAUUAUUUCACACAACAUUGAUUUUAUCACAUUCUUAAUGAACGAAUAUAACUUGAUAAUAAAUUUAGACCACUGUAUUUUACACAAUAACAUACAAGCAUUUUUAGUUUAUUUAGAUCAAACAAAGGAUAUCAAUAGCUGCUUGGUUGCUUCUCCUGCAUUUAAUCUUCCUCCACUGGUUGAACAUCUUAUCUCAAAAUGCAAUGAUAUUAACGCCACUAACAUAGAUGGAAAAAUGGCUCUUCACAUUGCGACAGAAUGCGGUUCUAUGAAAACAAUAAAAAUUCUUAUCUCACAUGGAGCAGAUGUUAAUGCAAAAGAUAUGAAUGGAAGGACUGCACUUCAUAUUGCAUCAAGAAAAAACUAUGAUAAAAUUGCAAAAUUUUUAGUUUCUCAUAAUGCAGAUGUAAAUCUUAAAGACAAAAAUGGAAAAUCGGCGCUUUAUUAUGCAAUUAUGUCAAAUUAUAAAGAGAUUGCUAAAAUUCUCAUUGCACAUGGAUCUAAUUUCGAUGAGAAAAAUGGUGAAGGUAAAAAUUUUUUACACAUUGCACUUGAACAUUACCAGGCUGAAAUAUCCAAUUUUCUUAUAAAUCAUGGAGUCGAUAUUAACCAAAAAGACAAUAAUGGAUAUUCUCCUUUACAUUACAUCGCAGCAAGUAAUUCAAUGCACAGUGUUAUGGAGCUUCUUAUUUCUAAAGGAGCAGACAUAAAUGCACAAGAUAAUAAUGGAAAAACAAGUCUUCAUCUUGCUGCUUCAAAGGAACAUUCAAUUAUAGUUGAAUAUCUCAUUACAAAUAUGGCAGAUCUCAACCUUAAAGAUUAUAGUGGAAAAACACCUCUUCAUUAUGCAGCAAUGAAUGAAAUAACUAAUUCAUUAAAACUCAUUAUCUCUCAUGGUGCAGAUCUCAAUUCUAAAGAUAAUAUGGGAAAAGUGGCACUCCAUUAUGCAGUACUGAACAAUCGGAAAAAUGCUGCAGAACUCCUUAUAUUGCACGGAAUAAAUAUCAAUGAAACGGAUAAUAUAGGAAAAACCGCACUUCAUUACGCAGUUGUAAACAACAACAUUGGAUUGGUGGAACUCAUUGCUUCAAAUAAAGCUGAUGUGAAUUUGACAGAUAAUUAUGGAAAAACAGCACUUCACUAUGCAGCAGCUAAACAGAAUCAAGAAAUAGUUAAAUUUUUAAUUUUGCAUGAUGCCGAUAUCACAAUCAGAGACUUUUAUAGGAAAACCGCCUCAAAUUAUGCCAAGAAAGCAAAUUUAUUUAAUUUUUAA